UGCAGCAGGAGCUGCGCUGAAUCCACCAACAGGACUCUGGAUUUAUCACCUGCGGACAGAUUUGCCCUGGGAAAGAAAGCACAAAUACUGCCUUUAUUUGUUUGUUUUUUUCUAUUAGAGGGGUUAUUGUGAAAGGAUACCCUCUUUGAUUUUUUUGUUUUGAUUUUUGUUUGUGUGUGAGAGGGAAAAAAAAAAAGCCGCGCAGUUUUGUCCUUCCUGAGGUCGGGCUGUGUUGGAGCAGAGCGCAGCGCCAUGGGAAGCCUUCCCACCGGGAACAACCUGCGCUGCGCGCACAUCCUGGGGCUGCUGUAGCGUUUCUGGAUCGAUCCGCUUAGUUUCUGUUCAGUGUUUUCUUUGCAUGAGGGAAAGGAGUCCGGGAUGCCCGUGAGGAACAGGUACAACCUGGUGGACGAUGUGGCGGACUCCAGGCUGCCGCUCCACAACGAGGAGGCUUACCAGCACGGGAUAUACUUCCAAGCCAAGUACGUGGGAAGUCUUGACGUGCCCAGGCCCAACAGUCGGAUGGAGAUCGUGGCAGCUAUGAGGAGAAUCAGGGUAAGGUCAAUGCUUAGAUUAAACUUAAAAAAGUGGAGCCUAAAAGGAUUUGUUUUUAAGUCAUCCAGUGGUUAUUUAUUUUAAAUAUUAUUUUUUGGCUGAUUUUUGACUUCCAAUUUUAAGGAUCUGGAUUGCUUUAAGUGUUAAGGGAUCGGGUUUUGCCCCCGAUGGCAACACGAUCUAUUCUGCUCCAGUCGUCGCCACCCUCGGUUUUAGUCCUAAUUUACACUAGUGUUCUCUCUUGCGAAGUCUUAAGAUGCUCCAAGACUCACUAAAGAACCAAAAGCCACUGAUCAAUGUGGAAAUUAGACCACAUUGGUGUUUCUUUUUUUCUUCUUUUUUGUGGCAUUCAGAUAGUUUUUUAGAAUCUUUGUUUUUGCAAGUAGUGAGGGCAUUGAGUAAACUUUAAUGUAAAUUUAAUGUGUAUAUUAUGCACAACAAUGGGUUGCUUUAGAAAGGGGCCAAUAGGAG